GUUACUGUGUGCAGUAAAAUGGCAGCAGCUAGUAUCUCAGUGGAGCAGGACCAGUUCAGUUGUUCAAUCUGUCUGGAUCUGCUGAAGGAUCCGGUGACUAUUCCCUGUGGACACAGUUACUGUAUGGGCUGUAUUAAGGGCUACUGGGAUCAAGAUUAUCAAACUGGUGUAUACAGCUGUCCCCAGUGCAGACAGACUUUCACCCUAAGGCCUGUUCUGGGAAGAAACACCAUGCUGGCUAAAGUGUUGGAGAAGCUGAAGAAGACAGGACUCCAAGCUGCUCCUCCUGCUCACUGUUACGCUGGACCUGGAGACGUGGCGUGUGAUGUCUGCACCGGGAGAAAGCGCAAAGCUGUCAAGUCCUGUUUGGAGUGCUUGGCUUCUUACUGUGAAACUGAUCUAAAUCUUCAUGAUAAACUCAAUCGAGGGAAGUCUCACAAACUGACUGAGGCCACAGCAAACCUGCAGGAGAAGAUCUGCUCUCAACAUCACAAACUACUGGAGAUUUACUGCCGCACUGAUCAGCAGUGUAUCUGUUAUCUGUGUUUGAUGGAUGAACACAGAGGCCAUGAUACAGUCUCAGCUGCAGCAAAAAGGACUGAGAAACAGAAGCAGCUGGGGGCAACACAGAGGAAAUUCCAGCAGAGAAUCCAGGAGAGAGAGAAGGAGCUGCAGGAUCUGAGACAGGCUGUGAAGUCACUCACGUGCUCUGCACAGGCAGCAGUGGAGGACAGCGAGAGGAUCUUUACUGAGCUGAUCCGCUCCAUUGAGAGAAGGCGCUCUGAGGUGAAACAGCUGAUCAGAGAUCAGGAGAAGGCUGCAGUGAGUCAGACUGAAGGAGUCAUGGAGCGACUGGAGCAGGAGAUUGCUGAGCUGAGGAGGAGAGAUGCUGAGAUGGAGCAGCUUUCACACACAGAGGAUCACAUCCAUUUCCUCCAGAGCUGUCAGUCUCUCUGUGUCCCUCCUGGAUGUGGAGACUUACGCAGCAUCACCAUCAAUCCACAUGUCACUUUUGGGUUCGUGAAGAAAUCUGUCUCUGAACUGAAAGAGCAACUGGAGAACAUCUGUAAGGAGACAUUAGCAAAGAUCUCUGGAGCAGUGAAAAAUGUGCAUCUUCCAAAGGCUCCAGAGCCCAGGACCAGAGCAGAGUUCUUACAAUAUUCCUGCCAGCUCACACUGGACCCAAACACAGCAAAUACAUACCUCUGUCUGUCUGAGAGGAACAGAGCGGUAACACAGGGGGCAGUGAAGCAGCCAUAUCCUGAUCAUUCAGAGAGAUUUUACUACAGGCCUGAAGUGCUGUGCAAAGAGGGUCUGUCUGGACGCUGUUACUGGGAGGCUGAGUGGAGAGGGAAUGUGGUUUAUAUAGCAGUCUCAUAUAAAGAGAUCAGCAGGAAUGCAAUCAGUGGUGACAGCUUGUUUGGAUUCAAUGAAAAGUCCUGGAGUUUGCGCUGCUCUGCUUCCAGUUGCUCUUUCUGGCACAAUAAUAAGAGCACUGUAAUCCCCGCCCCCCGCUCCUGCAGAGUAGGAGUGUACCUGGAUCACAGGGCAGGAACUCUGUCCUUCUACAGCGUCUCUCACACAAUGACCCUCCUCCACAGAGUCCAGACCACAUUCACUCAGCCCCUCUAUGCUGGGUUCUGGAUUGAUACAGGAUCAACUGUAAAACUGUGUCCUCUGGAAUGAAACAGAUAUGAUGUGAUAACUAAACUCAUAUGGAAGAGGGAAUCCUUUACAGUUUUUUACAAUUGCUAAAAAGCGUUUACAUAUACUUAAAAUACUUUUUCUAAACUCUUAA